AUGACAAAGACUAACAGUCUGAAAUCACAUCAUAUUUCUGUAUUACAUUAUUGGAACAUAGGAAGUCGUUCUGCCAGAAAAAUCCACCGAGCUACGGAGAUACCAUUGUCUACAAUUAGUUACCAGUUGAAAAAGCUCAAAGCUCAAGGUUCUCUACAAUAUCGAGCGGGCAAUGGUCGAAAACGUAAGAUUGAUGCCAAAUGCAGUCGAGCCUUAGGUCAAUUUAUAAGGCGAAAUAAUGAAGUCACGUUGCACGAAUUGGCUGAAAAACUACGUAAUCAAUGUCAAUUGACUGUUUCCACCAGCAUAAUCUCACGUCAUUUAAGAAGACUUCAAUAUGAAAAUUGUUUACCAUUAAAAACACCAAUGUUGACACUGGAACACAAAAAACACCGAGUUGAAUGGGCUAAAGCACAUUUAAAUAACAAUUGGAAAUCUACAAUAUUUACCGAUGAAUGUUCAUUUCAAUUGAUUAUUGAUUAG